AUGUCGUCCUUGGCAGUAGUCUCCCCUUCUGGGGGCACAACGGUGCUUCCUAUACAGGCCCACUACGAGGCUAUGGAGGGCCCAGCGGCUCACCAACCGUCAUCAUCCCACACUACUGCCAGCUGUGGCGGUCCCGUCACUGCUGAUGUUGGCUCCGCUCCGCCCGAAUUACCACGAGAUGAACGGUGGAAGGCUGUGGGGUUCCAAAGUGCGUGCCCUAGUACUGACCUCAGGACAGGCCCUCAUGCACUACUGUGUAUGGUUCAAGCAGCGAGAGCAUAUACUUCGGAGUUUCGAGAGAUGGUGGCUGUCAGUGAUGGUUACUGCCUUAUGGAUUUUAAUCAAUUUCACUAUCCAUUCGCAGCUACUGCCAUCAACGUCCAUUUUAUGUUACUCCACUACCUGGGUAUUGUUGAUGGUUUUUCCCCAGUAACUAAGGACGCUAUUGUUGCCUCUGGUUACGAGAGGAAGGUCUUCGCCUCAGCCUUAGCCCUCACUAACGGGGCCUUUGAGGAUCUGUUCACUGCGACUUGUAUGGCUGUACACUCCCAUUGGACUCGGAUGGUAGCGGAUGAGGGCGCUACCCUUAUGGACUUCCAAGAGAGUUUGGCUUUCGGAUUGAGUGAAGAACAUGUUCCAGCAGAGGUUAUGACGGCCGCUAUGGACGCUGGAGAUCUUCAGAGGACCAAGGCUCGCGCUUGA